GAGUCCCCGGAUCCCAGAUUCAACCGCCAUCAUAGCUGUUUAGUCCCCAGUAAUUCAGUGAAGUGAGGAUUUCCCGCCUCGUUUCUCGCGCACGACGUCUCUGCGAAUCUGUGCUCGGUAUCCUCCACUUGCCUUAGUCGUGUGCCCGUUCCCCUCUGGCAGGGUCGAUCUAGAUCUGGUCUCGUCUGCACGCAUUCUUGGGUGCUCAAGCGCAGCCGGGAAGGAGAUCUGCCGGCCUCCCUAGUCCCGCUCUUUUUUCUCGUCGCGAACGCUUUGCGUCCCUUUUACGAAACGGUGUGCCCGCGCGAUCGGAUCGGCACGAGAAGCUUGCAGAUAGGGAGAACGAGAGCAGAACGCGAGAGAGAGUGAGAGGGAGAGGCGAAUUUGAGGCGAAGGGGAGCAGAGCAGAGCAGCAAGGAGGUGCGCGUGGGGAUAGCGAUGGGCGACGCACUGAAAGACGCCAAGGCUCUGAUGGAUCAAUUGCGCAGCGCUUACAAUCGCGACGACCUCCGUGCGAGCGCGUCGCUGCUGUCGCAACUCAAGCUGAAGCUAACACUGCUGCCAGCGCUACCCCCGCUGUACCAGCAGUCGGCCACGGCUCAGGAAGAGCUCCUCCUUGCGCGCGACGUGAUGGAGCACGCGGUGCUGCUGAGCGUGAAGCAGAAGGACGAGGCCCUCUUCGAGCGCAACUACCUGCAGCUACGCACCUACUACACUGACACCAGGAGCGUCCUCCCUGCAUCUGUGAACGAGCCUAUCAUUCUGGGCCUGAACCUGCUGCGCCUGCUGGUGGCGAACCGCAUUGCAGAGUUCCACACCGAGCUGGAGCUGCUGCCAGAGGGCCUGGACGAGAACCCGUGUGUCAACACAGCAGUGCAGCUGGAGCAGGCGCUCAUGGAAGGAGCGUAUGCGCGUGUGCUCACCACACGCCAUGCUGCGCCACACCCACUGUUUGCCCACUUCCUUGACCUGCUCAUGCGGACUGUCAGAGAUGAGAUAGCAGGGUGCAGUGAGAAGGCAUACGAGUCCCUUGAGUUGAAGGAUGCGUGCCAACUGCUGAUGUUCACUAGCGAAGCAGAGCUGAAGCCCUAUGCCGAGCAGCACAACUGGGAAGUGCGAGAUGGUUUUGUGUACUUUCAGCGCCCACAGCAGCAGCAACCGCGUGAUCGGAUGCCAUCAAUGCAUCUUGUGAGCCAGGCGUUGGGUUAUGCUAGGGAAUUGGAGCGCAUUGUUUGAAUGGCUACAUUAGCUGGAGGUGUUGGUUGGUUUGAUUGUUUGUAAACAAGUAUGCUUUAGGAUGAUCCCGGAACACCAAAAUCUCGCUUUUGAAAUUCAUAAGGAUCGUAGGUUUUGUACUAGUAGUUGUUGAUUCAAGUUAU